GGAAAGCACUCUUCCCGCUCCCCCUUCUCUUACUAGGACUGUUUGUAGAGCAGCUGGGUGGAGUAGAGCUCUCUCACACACUCAUACUGCACACACACACACUCACAGAUGUUCAUAGACAUGUACCUCUCAACCAGCGAGGAGUCUGAUUUGGGUUCAGCGGACUCAUACACUAGUCGGCCGUCUGACUCGGAUGUGUCUCUGGAGGAAGAUAAAGAGACCUUACGCAGAGAAGCUGAGAGACAGGCACAGGCUCAGCUCGAAAAGGCCAAGUCUAAACCAGUGGCGUUUGCAGUACGUACUAAUGUUGGCUACAGUGCUUCUCUUGAAGACGACGUCCCUGUGCCUGGGAUGGGAAUCUCAUUUGAGUCUAAAGAUUUCCUUCAUGUUAAAGAAAAAUUUAAUAAUGACUGGUGGAUUGGUCGCUUGGUGAAAGAAGGGUGUGAAAUCGGCUUCAUCCCAAGUCCAGUGAAGCUUGAAAGCAUUCGCACCCACCAGGAGCAACGUGCAAAACAAGGAAAAUUUUACUCAAGUAAAUUAGGGGCAAACUCUUUAUCUAGUUUAGGAGACGUGGUUUCAAACUCACGUAAAUCAACCCCUCCAUCCUCAGCUGUGGACAUAGACGCUGCAGGGUUAGAUCCGGAGGAGAGUGACCCUCCUCUCCAUCAGCGUUCACCCAAAGCCAGCCCAAACACAGUAAUAUCCCCUUUAGCCCGUGAGAAACGAAUGCCUUUCUUUAAGAAGGUAAAGCAUGCCGAUGGACGCUCCCUCGCUCUGCAUCUGUCCGUCACAGCAGCAUCACGCAGAGCCUGUUUCGCUUGUCACCGUCCGAAUGCCCAUGCCAGCUUACUCCACUCACUCUUUCCCUUCUCUCUCCCUGUCUUGUCUUUGUUCCUCUGUAUCCCAAUCUUUCACACUCCCAUGGUCUUUUCUUUUUGUCUGUUCCCCUUCCUCCUUUCCUCAGCUAAGCAGAGGCAUAAGUCGACAGAGCAUGUUCCUCCAUAUGACGUGGUGCCGUCUAUGAGACCGGUGGUGCUGGUGGGACCGUCGCUCAAGGGCUACGAGGUAACAGAUAUGAUGCAGAAAGCGCUGUUUGACUUUCUGAAGCACCGCUUUGAGGGGAGGAUCUCGAUCACGAGGGUGGCUGCUGAUAUUUCUCUGGCCAAGCGCUCUGUGCUCAACAACCCCAGUAAACAUGCCAUCAUCGAGCGCUCGAACACACGCUCCAACUUAGCGGAGGUUCAGAGUGAGAUCGAGAGGAUCUUUGAACUGGCUCGCACGCUGCAGCUGGUGGUUCUUGACGCCGACACGAUAAACCACCCGACCCAACUGGGAAAAACGUCUCUUGCACCUAUUAUUGUCUACAUCAAGAUCACCUCUCCAACGGUUUUGCAGCGAUUAAUAAAGUCUAGAGGAAAGUCUCAGGCAAAACAUCUCAAUGUGCAGAUGGUGGCAGCAGACAAACUUGCCCAGUGCCCUUCAGAGAUUUUCGACAUCAUUCUUGAUGAGAAUCAGCUGGAAGACGCAUGUGAGCACAUGGCUGAUUAUCUGGAGGCUUACUGGAAAUCCACGCAUCCUCCCAGCAUCCCUCAGACAAACCCUCUGCUAGAGAAACUCACCGCAAUGGCUGCAGCCGCAGUCGCCUGCAAGGACUCACUGACUAAUCCACAAACAAAGGGCAGAGCGGGUGAGCAGACAUCAGAGAGACCAACGGAUGACAAGACGGGCUUUUCUGAAGACUACCAUCAUCAUCAUCACUACCAAACUCAGAAGCAAGGACGUUUGGAAGACGACAACACUGAGGAGCGAGACGCUAAAGCUAACAACGACCAAAGUGAAUGGAGAAGCGGUCACAAACACCACAGCCAUCAUCAUCAUCACCACCAACAUCACAGUCGCACCACGCGGACGCUUUCCAAACAAGAGACGUCAGAGUCCAUGUAUCCCGAGCCUCUCGCCGGACAAACGCAGGAAGAGGAACAGCCAAACCAUCACCAUCAUCAUCAUCAUCAUCACCUCCGGGGCGACAGAGAGAAGGAAUACGACCACAACGAGAGGAACAACUGGCAAAGAGGAAAGCAGAGGUCGCUACGAGAGCCUCAUCAUGAGCGGGACAGGAAACGAGGAGAGGAGGAAUGGGCGAGAGAGCAUUACAUAGAGCAGUGACACACGUGCCACAUACACACCGACCUCAAUCUUAUGUGUAAUGUAUACGACACGUGUAUCCAUACAUGACUUUUCCAAGUGUGGACAAAUUAAAUAAAGACAAUUAUGUAUAAUUUAAUAUGGCAUGAAUGAUGAAAUUCUCUUUAAUUUUAAUUUAUUUUUAAUUCCUUUCUUUUUUUUCUUUUUACUUGAUUUGCUUUCCUGGUCUUAUUGAACAAAUGAUAG